UAAAUACAUGGAAUGCGUAUUAUGCAUAAUUCUCAUAUAUGUAAAAUAAGACCAUACAGGAGCCGCCAUAUGCAUUCCGAUUUGAUUUUAAACAUUAAUAUUAUGAUAACUAUAACAAUUUUCAUAGAUAACAUAACAUUUUACCAUGUUUUCCCUUGACUCGGAAUGCAUAUGGCGACUUCCUACGAGGUUCAUAUUUUGAACAAUGCACGCGUUCCAUGUAUUUAGUUCAGUGGUCCCUGUCCCCACUUGAUUCUGCACAACCGUACACGGUCGUCCUGCGGUUAGGCCUAGCGUUGGAUUGUCACACGCCGGAUGUCUAACAUAAUAUAUUUAUUGUUAUUGUGCAUUUGUGGUGUUAUUCCAUAUAACCACACAAGAUUUAUACGGACAUAUUAGAGUUAUUUAAAUACGUAAUCAUAUAUACAUUGACGCACGCCGCCCAUGAUCACUCGCUCGAUAUUAUUAUCUAUAUGCGUUGUAUAUAGAUGUUAUUACUACACACGCAUCGUAUACGCUAUUACGCUAUUACUAUAAUAUUAUUAAUGUUACGCGGCGCGUAUUAUAUAUGAUUACGUAUACACUAUGACAUUACUUAAAUAAGUGUUUAUGUAGGUAAUUAAAUAGGUAUAUAGUCACAGCUCGCUACAUUUACAUCAAAGUAUACCUUAUGAUGUAUUCACACUUUUAAAGUGAUAUUAAUUGAUAGGUGUAUUAUAUUCUCGAGUGGAUUAUAUUAUUACGAUAUAAUUUAAUUACAGCCAUUCGGAGAUCGGACGACGGCAAUAUUGGCAAUCUUGAAUCUUUCGCAUCGAAACUCGAAAGGAUUUUAUUACGCAUUAUUAUAAUUUACGCGGGUUGCAGAGUACGCCGGUGUGUGUGUGGAGGCGACGCUCGAUGGCGUCAGUCCGAUGGCAGGAAUGUGGAAGGGCGGUAGCGUCUGAACCUUAUCUCAUCCGACGUCGCGUGAUCGUGCCUCCACCACAAUAAUAUUUUACUAACCGUAUUUGACCGUUUAACUCGUGUCGCAUUGUCUAUGGACGUGUGUGUGUGUGUGUGUGUGGGUGUGUCUGUGUGUGUGUAUUCUACGUUGUUUGUUGUUCAGUGUUCUUAACACCCGGCAUUCGCGAAUAAUAUUACAGUACUUCUCCGUGCCGCCGAUUAUUAUUAUUAUUAAAAAUUGACUAUCAACCAAACCGUUUGCACGGCACACACCACCUGUUCUGCCGCACCGACGAUCUCCGUUUUUCCGUUUAGCGCAAGUACGUUGUCGUGGUUGUCAGACCGGAUUACUUAUGAACGACAAACGCGGUGGAAUGGCUCCCGUAGACGUGACGCUCAGCGAGAAGCACUCUGACCGUUUUCAGCUGGUCAGUUAUUCGAAACUCGAGUCUGCCAUACCGGUGUACAAGUAUAAAUGUCUGCGUACUGGUAUCACCGUGGUGUUUGGUGACAUAGAUGGCCCGCUGGUCCAAGGAUACUUCACUCUGGCUACUGAAGCUCAUGAUGGUGAUGGCAUUCCACAUACACUAGAACACUUAAUAUUUCUAGGAUCUGAAGAUUAUCCUUUUAAAGGAGUUCUAGAUUUAUUAGCUAAUCGUUGCCUUGCAUCUGGUACAAAUGCUUGGACAGAUGUUGAUCAUACUUGCUAUACAAUUAGCACAGCUGGUAGUGAAGGUUUCCUAUCACUUCUUCCAGUCUACCUUGACCAUAUAUUAUAUCCUACAAUAAAAGAUUGUGGGUUUAUUACCGAAGUCCACCAUAUAACAUAUGAAGCAGAGGAUGCUGGUGUUGUGUACUGUGAAAUGCAAGGCAGGGAAAAUACUGGAGAAAGUAUUGUAUCAAGAACUAUGUUGGAAAACUUGUACCCAGGUAAAUGUGGUUAUAAAUCUGAAACUGGAGGUAUUAUGAAAAACUUGAGGGAUUCAACUACAAAUAAAAAGAUUCGUCAAUAUCAUCAUGCAUUUUAUCGUCCUGAAAAUUUAUUACUCCUUAUAAGUGGAAAGAUAGAUCAUUCUUCUGUGUUUGAUGUUUUAGAGCCAUUCAUUCAAAAGAUUUUAUCAAAGGGAAAUCGAGGAGAUUAUGUCAGACCUUGGCAAAGUCCAGUAGAUCCAUUAACUAUAUCUUCAAAUAAUUCCGUUCUUUUUCCUUCUGAUGAAGAAACCAAUGGGAUAAUAUGUGUUGGCUUUAGAGGCCCAAAUUGUUUAAAAGAUUAUACUGCAUGUCAAUUAUUGUUGAAAUACUUGACGGAUACUCCAAUCAGUCCUUUACCUAAAGAAAUGGUUGAAAUUGAAGAUCCUUUCUGUACUGAAGUAUCAUUUGAUAUGACUUCACAUAAUGAACCGUCUAUAACCAUUAAUUUUGAAAAUGUUCCCAUUGAAAAAAUGGAUGCUGAUAUCAUACCAUCAAAAUUGGAUGAAAUAUUUAAUAAACAUUUGGUCGAUGAUAGUUAUCUCGACUUGGCAAGGUUAAGAACAUUUGUUGAGAGAAACAAACUUCAUAUAUUGAGCUUCUUAGAUAAUUAUCCACACGAAAAAUUGUCUUCAAUAAUUAUAGAGGAUUUUUUGUAUGGAAAAACUUCUGUUGAUUUGGAACAGAAAUUGAAUAAAAUUAACAUACUAAAACAACUAGAAAAUGAAGAAAUAACAUUUUGGAAAGGAAUAUUAGAAAAGUAUUUAAUCAAUGAUUAUAGAGUAAUUGUUAGGGGCAUACCUUCUAUAAAAAAGCAAGAAGAGCUUGCUAACGAAGAAAAAGAAAGAGUUCAAGAACGACAAAAAACAUUAGGGGAAGAUGGUUUGAAAAAAAAGGCAAUCGAGUUAUUAAAUGCCAAAGUUGAAUGUGAGACAAAACCACCCAAAGAACUUUUAACAUCGCUUAGUAUUCCUAAUACUGAAUGCAUACAUUUCUAUUCAUUUAAUACAUACACAACAAAUUCUAUUGAUCAACACGAUUUAUUUAAAAUAACUAAUGCACCCAUAUACAUUGAAGUAGACAAUAUUAAAAGUAACUUUACCUAUAUGUACACUUUUAUUAAUACCAAAGAUUUACCUAUGAACCUUAAAAUGUAUUUACCAAUUAUGGUUGAUUUGUUAAUGAAAAGUACAGUCAAUUGUGAUGGUAUUAAAAUUCAUUAUACUGAUAUUAUUGCUGAAUUGGAAAAAGAUUUAAUGUCGUGGAAUGCAGAAAUAGGAACGUCAUCAUCAUCUCAGUUUUUAUGUGGAACGUUUUCUUCUGUUAUUUCAUUAUUCUUUCAAUUGGAACCGAAGAAGUUUCAUAAAGGCAUCAAGUGGCUGCAUAAUUUUUUGUUUAAUACAGAAAUAACAAAAGAAAAAUUUUCUAUUAAUUUAACAAAAAUAAUAAACGAAGUUUCGAGUUAUCGAAGAAAUGGCAAUCAUAUGUUAAGGGAUAUACUACGUAAUGUAAUCUACAAAAAUAAUAACAACCACUAUGCGUGCAGUACACUGAGGCAACAUAAAUUCUUAUCAAAUUUACAAAAAAAAAUUGAAUCUGAUGAAGGGUGGUCAUCUAUUAAUGAUGAUUUGAAUAAUGUGAAAAUGGUUUUAGCCAACCCGGAGUGUAUAAAAAUGCAUUUAUCUACUGAUUUAGAUGUAUUGUGUGAAAUUCAACCUGAUGCAUCUUCACUAUUGGAACAGCUAAUUCCGUCAAACGUUAAACGUUCAGUAAAGUUAUUUGAAACUGUUUUUGACUAUGAAUAUAUUUUACCCAAUGAUCAAUGUGUUAUACGAGCUUGUGCUGUUGGUAUGGGUGCUAUUGAGUCCAGUUAUUUUAUACAAGUAACAGAUUGUAUCAAUGACUUUAAUCAUCCAGAUAUGGCUGCUUUAUUAGUAUUUUUACAAUAUUUUACACAGUUAGAAGGACCAAUGUGGAAAAAUAUUCGUGGACUGGGUCAUGCAUAUUCAUACAGCAUUACUCCAAGACCCAAUGAAGGAUUACUGUUGCUACAUUUUUAUCGUUCUGUAAAUGUACCUGCUGCAUAUAAAGAAACUAAAAAUAUAAUGGAGACUCAUUUAAUCGAUGGUGCAGUUUGGGACACAACACUAUUUGAAUCUGCAAAAUGUUCUGUAAUCUUUGAAAUUGCUGAAAGAGAAAAGUCAUUAGGUGACUUAGUAACACAAUCUGUAUUGUUUCAUUUUAGAAAUUUGUCGCCCGAUUAUAAUCGAAAUCUUAUUAAGAAGAUAUCUGAAGUAACACUCAAGGAACUGCCACAAAUUGGGAAAAAGUAUGUGAUGCCAUUGUUUGAUCCAAAAUGUAUAAGAGCAGCAAUGGUCUGCCCACCAUCUAAAUUAGAUGAUGUAGCUAGUGAAUUCAAAAAAAUGGAUAUUGACAUGACCAUAUACAAAUCAUUGGAUGACAGUCUUCUCAAUGAUGCUGAUUAGAUCUUCUAAUUACUUUGAUGCUGUUUAUAUUAUUUCAAUUUCAUAUUUUAUUUUUUUCAUAAUAGCUGUUUUAUUUUUAACUGACUCAUAAGCCAUCAUUUCUUUAUUCAUGCCAUUAUAUUUUUAUGAGUUUAUAAUAUUUUGAAUAAUAUCAUAUUAUAACCAUUCAAUUAUUUGAAUGUUAAUAAAAUACAGUCAUACUAUCCAAAAA